AUGGCUGAAUCCAUCAGCCAGAAUGUCACCCUCUCCGUGCGCCGUCCCUCAGAUUCUCCCAUCAUCUUCGUCGCGGGUUCCUUUUCCGAUCCGAAAUGGGAGCCGCUUGAAUUGGCCGUGAAGACCGUUGAGUUCAAGGAUGACGAGGGUCUCACGUCCACUGAGUACCUGUUCUAUCGCGACGUGCAGGUCCCCGUCGGGAAAUAUCAGUAUCGCUUCCGAGAGGGUCCCGAGGGCUCGUGGUUUCAUGAUGAGACGGCCAAGAGUGCCCCCGGUGACGAUGGUCUCGUGAACAACAUCCUCCUCGUCGAGUCCCCCGCCGCCGCUGCUUCGGAGGAGAAGCCCGUUGAAAACGGUACCGCUGAUAAGGCGGAGGAGCCCGCCAAGGAGUCCGCGGACCUGUCCGCUCACAUCGAGACCAACGGCACGGCGGAGAAGGAAGCUGCGGUCGAGGAGCCCACUGCUGAAGAACAGAAGCCCGAGCCGGUUAUUGAGUCGAAACCUGAGGAGCCGGUCUCGAAUGGCGACGCAGCCCCUGCGGUCAAUGACGUCGAGCCUGCUACGCAAGAUCCCACGACGGAACCUGUGAACGGAACGGCGGAGACGGUGGAGGCGGAGAAACCGACUGAGUCCCAGCCCGAACUGGUGGAAGAGGUCGUCGAAAAGGCGGAGGAAGUCCCCGCUGUUGUCGAGAAGAAGGCGGUUGAGAAGGGUGAGCACAAGCCCGAACCCGAGGAGCCUUCGACAGAGAGCAGCGGUCCGGUCAUCGCCGAGGACAAGCCGGUUGACGAACCUAAGCCGGAAGAGCCGGUUGCCGAGAAGGAGUUGCCGGAACCAGUCAAGGAGGAAGCUCCCGUCGAGCAGCCAUCGACCGAAGCGCCGGCUGUCGAGGAGACGCCUGCUCCCGCCACUGAAGCUCCCAAGGAGCCCGAACCUGUCGCCGAAGAACCCGCCAAGGAGUCUGUCGAUGAGCAGCCAUCUGUGGAGGCCGCGGUUGCUGCGGAGCCCGUGAAGGAGGAGGCCGAAGAGAAGCCGAUUGAGGAAGCUCCUGCGGUUGAAGAGCUCAAGGAGGCUGCCGUUGAAGAAAAGGCCGAGGAACCCGUUUCCGAGACUGUCCACGGACCCGUUACAGCCGAGCCUGCCGUCGAGGAGCCUGUCAAGGAGGUGAACGGUGUUGCCGAGGAGCCAGCUACCGAGAAGCCUUCGACCGAGACUCCCGCGGAGGACCCCGCCACCGAAACCGCAAAGGAGGAACCCUCCACGGAAGAGACGGUCGCGAAGGAAUCAACUGAGGCCCCGGGCGCCGAAGAGCCGGUGAAGGAGUCUGUGCCCGAAACCCCCGCCGCCGCCGAAGCUACCGAGAAGUCAACGGAAGAGGCGACCGAGGAGCUCGCUAAGCCAGCUGUCGAGGAAGAGAAGCCAGUGGCUGAGGAGCCUACUGAGAAACCCUCUGCUGAAGAGGUGAAGGAGGCCGAGCCGGCUCAGGCUGCUUCCGAGGAGCCGACUGUUCAGCAACCCACGGAGGAGGAGAUUCCCGUGGAAGCUCCCAAGGAGUCUGCCGAAGAGAAGGUAGAGGAGAAGGUCACCGAGGAGCCUGCUAAGGAGGAGCCAGUGUCCGAGGAAACUCCAAAGGAGUCGACUACCGAGGAGGCUGCUGUUCCCGAGCCUGUGCAGGAAUCUACUCCCGAGGCUGCACCCGUGCAGGAGUCCGAGCCCGUUACAGAGGAACCUGUCGUUGAAGAGCCUGCCGCCGAAGCUUCCACUGUCGAGGAGCCCGCCAAGGAAUCCAAGGUAGAGGAGACCGCCCAAGAACAGGUCUCCGAAACCCCCGCUGCCGAGCCCGAAGCCUCCAAGGAGGUGGUCGAGGAACCUACCGUCGAGGAGGCUGUUCCUGAGACGUCUUCCGAAGAGAAGGCCACCGAAGAAAAGGUGCCCGAGGUAUCGACCGAUGCCGCUGUCGCCGCGGAGACCGCUGAGGAGCCCAAGGAGCCCGUCGUUGAAGAAACUGUCCAGCCUACCAUUGAAGAAUCGACCCUUGAAAAGUCUGUGGAGGAGGAACCUGUCAAGGAGACUGAGGCCGAGGCCCCUGCUGUUGAGGAACCUGUCAAAGACGAGCCUGCCGUCGAGGAGCCUGUCAAGGACGAGCCUGCCGUCGAGGAGCCCGUCAAGGAGGAGCCCGUCAAGGAGGAGCCCGUCAAGGAGGAGCCCGUCAAGGAGGAGCCCGUCAAGGAGGAGCCCGUCAAGGAGGAGCCCGUCAAGGAGGAGCCCGUCAAGGAGGAGCCCGUCAAGGAGGAGCCCGUCAAGGAGGAGCCCGUCAAGGAGGAGCCCGUCAAGGAGGAGCCCGUCAAGGAGGAGCCCGUCAAGGAGGAGCCCGUCAAGGAGGAGCCCGUCAAGGAGGAGCCCGUCAAGGAGGAGCCCGUCAAGGAGGAGCCCGUCAAGGAGGAACCGGCCAAGGAAGAGGCUGCUCCUGUUGAUCAGACCACCGAGGAAUCGGCCGUGAAGGACGAGCCGAAGGAGGUUUCCGUUGAAGAGCCCGCUACCAAGGAGGUUCCUGCUGAGUCGGAGCCUACUAAGGAGGCUGAUCUUGUUGCGGAGGAAACCAAGGUCGAGGAGCCUGCUUCUGAAGAGCCCCAGGCUGAGGAGGCCAAGGCUGAGGAGACUACCGAAGUGGCUAAGACCGAGGUUGAGGAGCCUCAGGUUGAACAAGCUACGCUGGAAGAGCCCAAGACUGAGGAGGCCAAGGUCGAGGAGCCUACGCCUGAAGAGCCCGAAGUCAAGGAGCCCGAAGUCAAGGAGCCUGAGGUUGAGGAGACCAAGGCCGGCGAACCUGAACUCCACGAAGUCAAGACCGAAGAUGUCAAGAUUGAGGAACCCGAGGUUAAGCUGCCUGAAGCUCAGGAAGCCAAGGUUGAGGAGACUGUCGAAGAACCCAAGGCCGAGGAAGUCACUGCUGAGGGGCCGGUUACGGAAGAGCCCAAGGCUGAGGAGCCUAAGGUCGAGGAGCCUAAGAUCGAGGAGUCCCAGGUUGAAGAAUCUAAGGUUGAACAGCCCGAGGUUGAAGAAGCCAAGGUUGAGGAGGUUAAGGUCGAGGAACCCAAGGUUGAGGAACCUGCCGAACCUAAGAUCGAAGAGCCUCAGGUUGAAGAAGCCAAGGUCGAGGAGCCUGUCGCCACCGAACAGGAAGAGCAGCCAGCCGAAGAAGCCCCCAAACCCGCCGAGGAGCCCAAAGCCGAGGAGCCAAUUGCUGAAGAUUCUACCGCCAAGGUCGAAACCGAAGAAGUGGUUACUGAGACACCCAAGGAAGUUGCUGAGGAGCCAGUCACCGCGGAAGACGAGGCUCCCAUUACCGAUGUCUCUGACAAGAAGGAAGAUAUCAUCGAGGAGCCCGCUACCCAGGAGCUUGCUGUUGAGACUCCCGCGGCCGUGCCUGCAGCCGAGCUUGUGACGGAGACGGAAGAGCCUGCCAAGCCUGUCGCUGUUGAGGAGCCUCAGGAGGAAUCGACCACCCAGAACAACACGGAAGCCGAAGUUGCUGAGGUGACUGAAGCUCCUAAGGUGACGCCAGCUGUGCCCGAGCCAGUGGCUGAGCCUGCCACCGAAGCGGUUACCGAGCAGGCCCCGGAAACUCAGGCUGCGGAAGAGACCAAGCCCACCGAAGAAUCGACUCCUGCUCAAGAGACUCAAGAGGCAGAGCCUGUCCCUGCUGCUACCACCGAGACUCCCGCUCAGGAGGAGGUACCCGUUGCUGAGCCCACCCCCGAAACGGAUUCCACCGAGCCUGUGAAGGAGGACGCCGCUGAGGAGCCUGCUGAAUCAAAGGACAGCGUCCUGACUCCUGAAGUGAUUGCUGCUGGUGCUGCCGCUGCUGUCGGUGUUGGCGCCGUUGCCGCUGGAGCCGCUGUUGCUUCCGCUGACAAGAAGUCCGAGACUGAAGACAAGGACCAGAAAAAGGGUAAGCCAGAGACCAAGGUCCCUGCCGCGGAUGGCACCUCUGACGAGCCUACUGGAACCCAGCAACCUGCAGUGAAGGAACCGGAACAGCAAGCUCAGGCACCGACCUCGAACGACCCUGUUGCUCCUACCGAACCUGCUGCUACUGAACCCACUACUUCUGCCGAGCCUGCGGCUUCCAUUGAGGCUGAUGGGGACAAGCAGGUGGCCAAGCAGGACGGUGACAAGUCUCGCUCCCAGAGCCAGAACCGCUCUGUCCAGGCUUACACCUUGAACAACCAGGCUGAUGGCUGGUUGAAGACGAUUCUGCGUGCCGUCUUCGUCAACUUUUUCGGUGCCAUUUUCUCGCCUUUCCGUCGUCGUGGAAGAUCCGACCAGUAA